AUGUGUGCGCAAGCAGCUGCCAAAGGUACAGAGCCCUUCCCCUGGAAGGAGCGGCUGCGCAUUGCCAGGGGGAGUCUGGAGGGGCUGGCCGCCAUUCACAGGGAGGGAUUCAUCCACCGCGACUUCAAGGCCGCCAACGUGCUUCUAACGAAGGUGGGUUCUUAUGAUGUGCUUCUAACGAAGGUGGGCUCCUAUGAUGUGCUUCUAACGAAGGUGGGCUCCUAUGGUGUUCUUUUAACGAAGGUGGGCUCCUAUGAUGUUCUUUUAACGAAGGUGAGCUCCUAUGAUGUGCUUCUAGCGAAGGUGGGCUCCUAUGAUGUGCUUUUAACGAAGGUGGGCUCCUAUGAUGUGCUUCUAACGAAGACGCUCGUUCCCAAGGUGGCGGAUUUCGGAUUGGCCAAGGCUUGCCAGGACAAGACACAUGUCACAACGAGAGUGGCUGGGUCGCUGGGCUAUAUGGACCCUUCAUACUUUGAGAGAGGUGAGCCGGCGUGGUGUGUGUUCUGA